GUUCCGGAGUUCCGUCAUUUAACCGGAAGCAUAUCAUUGAUACGUCCAUUUGACAUCGGACCAGUCUAUAUUGAAAUCAUGCCUUCAAUCGACGAUAAACCAAGCUGGGCAGAACAGGCAGAAGAAGGAUAUGAUGAUAUUGGCCUUCCUCCCCCUGAAGAAUUUGAUGAUAAAAAUGGCUUGAAGAAAGUCAUUGAAUACAAACGGAAUGAUGACGACAAGUUGGUCAAGAUCAUCAAAACCUACAAGGUUGAGACAAGAAGAGUUUCAAAGUCCAUAGCCAGACGAAAGGCAUGGCGCAAGUUCGGUGCAGCUGAGCGUGACCCACCUGGACCAAACCCAGCCAACACCAUCAUGUCUGAGGAAAUCAUGAUGCAGUUUAUACUGAACAAAGAGCAAACAGCCAGUGAAGACGAAGACCCACUGGCCAAGCUAAAAAAUCAGAAAAUUGUACAGUGUCGAAUCUGUAAAGGCGACCACUGGACGACGAGGUGUCCUUACAAAGACACGCUGGCGCCGAUUCAGGAGAAACUCAAUGAAGACCAGAAGUCGGAAGUGGCACCAGCCACUCCUGGAGGGGCAGCUGCAGGGGCUAAACCUUCACCAGGAGGAAAGUAUGUGCCUCCCAGCAUGAGGGAGGGAGCAUCUAAAGGCAGAGGGGAAUCCAUGAUGCCCCAGAGGAAAGAUGAAGCGGCUACAAUCCGAGUAACAAACUUGUCUGAAGAUACCAGGGAGUCAGAUCUUCAAGAACUGUUCAGACCGUUUGGUCCGAUUUCGAGGAUCUAUUUGGCAAAAGACAAAAUUACUGGACAAUCAAAGGGUUUUGCCUUCAUCAAUUUCCACCGGCGAGAAGAUGCAGCUCGUGCUAUUGCUGGUGUCUCUGGCUUUGGGUAUGACCAUCUCAUCUUGAAUGUUGAAUGGGCAAAGCCUUCUGGUACCAGCUGAAGUAUUUGUAUAAUAAACAUGUAGAACUCUUGUACUGUGGGUUAAAAUGUGGUCAGUUAAUGUAACAGAUAUAACUGAAAUAAAAUAUAAAAGAUG